CUUGAAACAGCCUCUCGUUUCAAAAUCGAAAUUGGAAGCCACAACUUCGCCACGCACACGCUUUUCACAGAGAGAAUGGCGUCGGCCAUGAUAGCAUCUCAAGCUUUGCUCUGCAACAACUCCUUUCCAGCGAUUAAACCCUAUAUCCUAACGUCCUCCUCCUCACUCUCUCGUUUCCGAUUUUGCAGACCGCAACCACUGCCCACCACCGCUUUCCCACCCUUACACCAUCGCCGGAAUCGUUCUCUCACCUGUCCCGCCACUCGCCGGAAACCCACAUUGCCGGAUUCUGCGGCCUUUUCUGAUGAUGGUGAUUCCGAUGUCCGACGGGUGCUUCAAUUUCUGCUCUGGACCGCUGAGGCGGUUUACAUUUUGUGGCUAUUUCUCCUUCCUUAUGCCCCGGGAGAUCCUGUAUGGGCAAUCAGUUCAGAAACGGUGAAUUCUCUUGUGGGGCUUUCUCUGAAUUUUUUCCUUAUAUUGCCUGCUAUAAACUCCGUCGGCAUUCGUCUAAUUGAUGCUCCUGUUCUUCACCCAAUGUCUGAGGGAUUGUUCAAUUUUGUCAUCGCGUGGACACUCAUGUUUGCUCCCCUGCUGUUCACGGAUCGAAAGAGGGACCGAUACAAGGGUUCGUUGGAUGUAUUAUGGGGUCUGCAGAUGUUCCUUACAAAUACCUUUUUGAUACCUUAUAUGGCAAUCCGACUUAACAAGGCUAGCGGAAACUCUCCACUGCGCCAGCAGUCGAGGCUGGGGUCUCUGAUGACCAAUGGGGCGCCCGUCGUUGGCCUGAUUGGCGGUGCAGCAUGCAUCGUAUCCAUAAUCUGGGCCUUCGUUGGUCGAGCAGACGGUAAUUUUGGAAGCAUAGCGGAGAGAUGGGAGUUCUUGAUCCAAUAUCUAUAUUCAGAGAGGUUAGCUUAUGCAUUUAUUUGGGAUAUUUGUCUUUACACUCUGUUCCAGCCUUGGUUGAUUGGAGAAAAUCUUCAAAAUAUCAAGGAGAGCAAGGUUGGAAUUGUAAGUUCUCUUAGAUUUAUCCCUGUUGUUGGCUUAAUUGCCUAUCUUCUUUUUCUGAAACUUGAUGAGGAUUUAUAACAUCAGCUUGUCUGUGAAUAAGUAAAUUAUACCAGAGAACUAAAGUAA